GUCGAUUCUUAGUCCAAUUUUUGUUUGAUAUCGGUCGAGCUAAGUGGAAGAGCAAUUGAAUUCAUCGGUUAACAAGGGUUUGUUUGGGAAGGACGAUAUAAAAAGUCGGCCACAAGUACGCUGUGAUACAGGUUUACAAUGGAAAGCAAUUUUGAGAAAGAAGUUUGCCUCGCUACUGGAGUUUCCUUGAUGCUUCUUUCAUUCCUCAUUGCAGUUCCAAAUGGCAUCAUUUUGUAUGCCCUUUACCGAAACCCUCUCCGCUGCUUCCGAAAAACGUUUUCCGUGUUUUUGGGGUUUAUUUCUGGAGUGGAUUUCUUCAUCGGCACUGUAAUAUGUAUUGGAGGAACAACAAUCAGAUAUCUGUGCACUUUCGGAGACUACAGCCUUCCUAAAGAAGGGGACAUUUUUCUGAUAGUCGAAUACGCUGCAAUCAACAGUUCGAUUCUCCUAGUGACCGCGAUGUCCGUCGAUCGUUUUACAGCGGUUGUUUUUCCUCACUUUUAUCUCCGCAAAACCAGCCCGCGGAAGCUCGUCUAUUUGAACUUGGCAGUGAUCAUCUUCUCAAUAGUUUUUGCCCUACUCCAGCUUCAUCCUGGCAUUUCAGUUCAAGUUUACAAAAACGUAGACCAAUAUUUGAACGCCGUUUUUCCUCUUUCUACCAGCACUUUAUGUUAUUUGGGAAUAUUUUUUGUUUUGAGGAAGCAAUCAUCUCGGAUUGGUCUUCAAAGACAAACGGCAUUCGCAAUGCCCAGCAACUUAACACUUCAAGAUAUGCGACGAGUAAGAAGAGCACAAAUGGAGAGAAAGUUCGCAACAACUUCAUUUCUAAUUCUAGCAUGUCUGGUUGUUUCCCUUGCUCCAUAUUUUGCAGCAAUUAUUAUUGCAUCUCACUGCGCGAGUUGUGGUGAACAGAACUGGUUUUCACUGCUCUUAGAAUCAAGUGUCGUGUUUCUUUUUCUUAAUUCAGCUGCGAAUCCGUUUUUAACCACAUUUCGCAUUAGAGAAUUGAAGAAGUCGGUUAAAAUAGUCCUUCAUCUAACACAAGAAGGAAACGAAACAAGUUUAAACGAUUUUCGGCAGCAACAUUAUUUACUGAGGAACAGUAAUUUCGUUUCUUUGUGAGUGGC